CGGGGCUUUGAGUAACAUUGGUGACUCACGAAAUCACCAGUCUACAUAUAUACCUUUGCGAAGGAACGAGGCAAUUCCUCUUCUCUACAGCCGGCUGCUAUUAAAGAGGUUGCUUGCGGAUUUAAAUCUCAUUCCGCAAAUUCGAAAAUUGCCUUAUCAAUGGCGCUCAAGCCCUCCUCCACGCUCGGGCGUUUGACUCGAUCCGCCGCCCGGGGACAAAUUCGACACUACUCUCCACCUCUUGAGGGCCAAGUUCCUCAUGCGAAAGCAAAAUAUGUGCCAACAAGUGGCGCAUACCCUCAGGGUUUCGUCGUAUCCGGAACGCACGUUGGCGUGAAAGCAUCCAACACCCGCUUCCCCGAUCUCGCUAUCAUUGCGUCUGAGAAACCAUGUUCGGGCGCAGCAGUCUUCACCAAGAACAAGUUUCAAGCCGCGCCAGUGACUGUUAGCAGAGAAGUGCUGCAGAAGCGUGGCGGCAGCGGAAUCCGUGGUGUAGUCAUCAAUUCUGGCUGCGCCAAUGCUGUCACCGGCAAGCAAGGAAUUGAGGAUGCUCGCAGUAUGGCUGCCGAAGUAGACAGAUGCUUCAGCGCGCAAGGCGAGCCGGACGAUGGCCAGGGAAGCAGUACAAUUGUUAUGAGCACGGGUGUGAUCGGCCAGCCUCUGCCGAUUGCCAAGAUCCUGUCCAAAAUCCCCACAGGCCAUGCGAACCUUGAUUCUUCCCACGAUGCAUGGUACUUGACCGCGCGUGCCAUCAUGACUACUGACACGUUCCCCAAACUCAUGACCCGCGAAUUUACCCUCCCGUCCACCCCCAACGUGACCUACCGCCUCGCUGGACUGACCAAGGGUGCUGGAAUGAUUCACCCAAACAUGGCUACUCUACUGGGAAUAAUGUGCACUGACGCGCCCGUUGCUCCCGAAGCGCUCAAGUCGAUCCUCACAUACGCCGUGGACAGAAGCUUCAACGCUAUUUCCAUUGACGGUGACACGAGCACCAACGACACAGUUGCGCUUCUCGCCAACGGUGCCGCCGCGCCUCCUACCCCAUUCAAGACCAUCAAGGAAUCAACGCCAUACUCAGAAGACUACCUCCAGCUUCGAGACACAGUGACGUCUUUUGCUGCGGACUUGGCCAGUCUUGUAGUGCGCGAUGGCGAAGGAGCUACCAAAUUUGUGACCAUCCGCGUCACGAACGCCGCAUCAUAUGAGGAUGCAAAGAAGGUCGCCAGCUCGAUUGCUCGCUCGCCACUCGUCAAGACCGCGCUUUAUGGAAAGGACGCAAAUUGGGGCCGCAUUUUGUGCGCCACUGGCUAUGCGUCCGAGUGUGGCGUCGACUCCGUCGUCCCUACCGAAACCAGCGUGAGCUUCGUGCCCACCGAUGGAUCGCCUGAGCUGAAGCUCCUUGUCAAGGGAGAGCCUGAGGCCGUCGAUGAGAACCGUGCCGCACAGAUUCUCGAGGAGGAAGACCUCGAGAUUCUGGUGCGCUUGAGCGAAAAGCCCGGCGAGGAAGCCGUGUAUUAUACCUGCGAUUUCAGCCACGAGUAUGUCACUAUCAACGGUGAUUACCGGACCUAGAUAUUUCAAGGUGGGAUGAUUGGUCCUGUUUAUCAUUCUGAUUGUAGGAUUAUUAGACCAUGAUUAUUUUUUUUUUGUUUUUCAUACUGCUAGGUUAUCUGUCACAGCGUCAUUUCAUAAAUUCUUCGCCGUUCACUAUAGACCAUAUUUUGGGUCCAAAUCUUCUUUUAUUGAGCGUUUUCUUCUUUAGCCAAAAGCGUUAGAGUGCGCGGAAUGCCGGCUGUGUCCCGUUGGCUUCUCAUACAAAAUAAUCUCAUUCCCUCUAUAC